AUGGCUGACAAUACACGACACCCGAACCUCAAUCUGACUCCUGAGGAAAAACGCGUUUUCUAUCAACUCUUCCAAGCCGCCGACACAACUAAUCUGGGUGUCAUCACUGGCGAAGUCGCCGUCCCCUUCUUUGAGAAGACCAAGUUAGCCCCCGACACUCUCGGCUUGAUAUGGCAAAUUGCGGAUAGGGAGAAUCGCGGUCUCCUAACCCCCGCUGGGUUCGGUGUUGUCUUGCGGUUGAUUGGGCACGCUCAAGCCGGCCGUUCCCCGUCAGAAGAACUGGCUUUACAACCCGCGCCGCUGCCCAGGUUCGAUGGCAUUCAAGUCGAUACGUCUGCCCCCCCGCGUGAGGCAGGCGCAACAAGUCCUCCGCCAACUCCUGGAGCAUCGAUUCGUGUUCCCCCGUUGAACCCAGAUGAUGUGAAUAAGUUCCUGUCGCUGUUUGAGAAAUCGGAUGUCUCCAGGAGUGGCGAGAUCGCUAAACAGAUUUUCGAACGUGCAAGGCUGCCCAAUGAAAUCCUUGGCAGGAUAUGGAAUCUCGCAGACACCAAGCAACGUGGUGCCUUGGAUGCGACCGAGUUCAUCAUUGCCAUGCAUCUUUUGACCUCCUACAAAUCAGGUGCAAUGAGAGGAAUUCCUCAGACUCUACCACCAGGUCUAUAUGAAGCUGCUGCGCGAAGGGGAUCUAGCCGUGCCUCCAUUGGUUCCCGUCCGGGACUUGAUGUUCCCCCAGUGCCCGCAAUUCCCAAACAAUUUACUGGACCACAACGGACGCAGAGCCCUAUCAACAGGCCAUUUGGGUCCCCUAUUUCAGCACAGUCUACCGGUGUGGAUUGGCUGGUCACUCCCCACGAAAAAACACAAUUCGAUGGUAUCUUCUCGACCAUCGAUUCGGCAAAACUUGGCAAAAUCACCGGGGACCAGGCUGUGACUUUCUUCAUGAAUGCGCAACUACCUGAGGAAACCCUUGCUCAGAUCUGGGACUUGGCGGAUAUCGAUGCUGAUGGACAACUAACGAAGGAUGAAUUUGCAGUUGCUAUGUAUCUGGUUCGUCAAGUACGCAGUGGAAAGGAGCCGCUUCCACAGGUUCUGCCUCCAGCUUUAAUUCCACCGAGUAUGCGUCGCCCUAGUUCUGCUCAGAUGGCCCCGGCUCCUAUACCUGCGCAGGCUACGGGUAUGGCUCAAGCACCUGCUCCUGCACCGGCUGUUCGGUCGGCCGCAGAUGAUCUGUUCGGUCUCGACUCUCUCUCAGCCCCGACUCCGGCUCCAGCUCCUGCGCAGGUACCCCACUCUACAGGUGGUUCGAAUGUACCAUUCCAGAUGCCUGCUUCCCCAACAUCUCGAGCAUCCCCACCAAGCAAUUCAACAACCUUCAAGCCUUUUGUCCCUACCUCGUCCUUUGGGCAAAGCCUUCAACCACAGACGACCGGUGCCUCAUCCGGUGUUGGCCCCACUGCUCGUUCACCUGCGUCACCGUCGGAUGACCUUCUCGGAGAUAAUGAUCCUGAAGAGUCCAACAAACUGACACAAGAAACAACUGAGCUUGCCAAUCUUUCUAAUCAGAUAGGCUCAUUGGCGAAUGAAAUGCAAAACGUCCAGGCUAAACGCACCUCAGCGGAGCAGGAACUAUCUCAGACGUCUCAGCAAAAGCGCGAUUUCGAAGCUCGGCUUUCUCAGGCCAGGACAAUGUACGAGCAAGAGGUCAAGAAUUUCAAGGCUCUCGAAGAACGACUUAAUGCGUCUAAGGCCGAGACCAGCAAGCUACAGCAGGAGUACGCGUUGAUUGAGGGAAGCAGGCAGGAUCUGCAGAACCAGUACGAGCAAGUAUCUGCUGCACUCACUGCUGAUCAACAGGAAAAUGCAAGUUUGAAGGAGAAGAUUCGUCAGGCGAAUGCUGCUGUCGCUCAGCUUAAACCGGCGCUCGAAAAGGCCCGUUCUGAGGCGCGACAGCAGAAAGGUUUGGCGGCAAUCAACAAGAAGCAGCUUGCUACUGUAGAAGGUGAAAAAGAGAAGCUGCAGGAAGAAAUGGAUGGUCUCUCGAAGGAGCAAACCUAUGAGCCAGACGAGAGCGCGGCUGCAGCCAGCGCCAUCCCUAGAGUCAGCAGUCCAGCUGCCUCAACAACUAGCCAGAACACAAACCCGUUCUUCAAACGCCAGAUGACCGGCUCUAGUGAGAGCAACGCUCUGUCGCCCCAGGUCUCAAAUGAUCAGCAGCGUGCUUUUGAUAGCCUAUUCGGCCCAUCUCUGGGAACUCCGGUCAACACAGCCACACCGCCGCCGCCAACGUCCUUCCGUGCUGAUUCUCAUCCAACUUCAAUCAAGUCCGCAACCUCUGGAGCACCGACCCCGUCAGCGUCCCCUCCACCGCCCGCGACUGCGUUUUUCAAUGAACCUCCAGCCCCGCCCCAGUCUAGGCAGCUCACACCAAAUGUGCUUCCAUUUGGCGAGGCACAGUCGGCGACCUCCUCGACGAUGGUUUCGCCACCUGCUAGUAGAUAUGAUACGCCAGAUUUGAGUACAACUGCUCAAUCUGGGGCUAGCGAGGCUGGGCCUACCUCUGCAUCCGCGUUCGAUGAGUCUGAGGAGUUGAAGCAGAAGUUCCCAGAAAUUCCCGGUGCAACCGAACAAUUUGCAAAUGCCGCUGUAUCGCCUUCCAGUGAAGACAAGCCUGUGGAAAAGAAAGAUCCCAGCUUUGAUGAGCUUUUCGGUGGACCAGCGCAUCAGCGUUCAAAAUCUCAGAAAGAAAAUGAUUUCGAAGAAGCAUUCGCCACUAUGAAGCAGGGCACUGUCCCAGACAAGACCAAUGGUGCACCAGCUGUCUCCGAAUUUCCACCCAUUCGUGAGUUCGAUGAUGAUGACGAUGAUGAUGACAGCACAGAUAGCGAGGCACCCAUGGGAUUCGACGAUAGUUUCACCCCUGUUGCCCCCCCGCAAAGCCAGGUAGCAUCCAAACCUCCAGCUGCGGACUCGCAGCAAAGCCCUCCCAAGUAUGAAGAAAGUGUUGAGAAAGAAGCCGCCGGGGAAGCUCCUGAGUUUAAUGGUCUUUUGCCAAAACGUGAGGACCCCACAGCUUUCCCUGAUGCUCCUCAUUCCGGUGAAUCAAGCACCGGAGCACCAGUUGUUCACGGGGAACCGCAGCCUGAACCCGUCAAGGAGACAAUCGUGCCUCCUAGCCAGAAGCCAAGUGCCCCGGAUUUUGAGGCGGCCUUCGCAGGUCUUAAUCUAGCACCCGCAAAGGAGAGUGAGGAUGAUGACGACUUCGAAACUCCCGAUAAUAAGAAUAAUCACGACUUCGAUUUCUCUUUUGACUCCCCAACACAACGGAAGGCAUCCUCCCCUGGUCCUAGUGCAGGCAACACCGCUUCUUCGGACUUCUUCAGUUUUGACCAGAAUGUCGCCCCUUCAUCCCCUGGAGGUGCCGCAUCCCCAUCUAACUCCAACGACAAGUCCCAGACCCAUGAUUGGGAAGCGCUGUUUGCGCCACUUGACAACGUCCAGGGUCCUGGUGCCGCCAAUGGCACUAGCACUACUACGGCAACGUCCCCAACUGGCCAUGAUGGAAAGGCACCAGGCUGGGCUCUCCAGACCAGCACAGAAGAUGACCAAAUUCUUCAGCGCUUGACCGGCAUGGGUUUCCCUCGUGAGGAAUCUCUUGCCGCAUUGGAGAAAUUUGAUUACAACCUUGACAAGGCAGUAGAUCACCUGACAUCGAAAUCUUAA